AUGGACUUUUUCAACUUACGACAAACGAACUAUAUUCGCAACUAUUUAGAUCGCACACUGGAUCUUAUUUUCUGCUCCCACGAUAUGGUUGUCAACACUGCUGCGUCAGUCUCACCGCUCUUGUCAAUUGAUCGUCACCAUCCGCCGUUGAUGAUUAGCACUUCGUUUGCCGUUUCAGAAUUGCCUUUGGAUUACUAUACCGUUGAUGAUGAGUUGUCGUUGGAUUACAAUAAAAUCGACUUUGACAUGUUUUUCACCGCUUUAUCUGAAAUCAACUGGACGAUUUUAUUUGAUGAACUAACCACAGAUGAAACAGUUGAUACGUUUUGUUCCGUGCUUAACAAUUGGAUGGAUACUAAUGUAUCGAUUCGUCGCUCAAGUGUUUCUCCUGUAUGGAGUACACCACAUUUGCGUAAAUUAAAGAAAAAACGUAAUACUUCACAGCGACGAUUACGAAACUAUCGUUCAACUGAGCAUAAACGCAGCUUUCAUUUAGCAUCCAAUGAGUAUCGAAACCUGAACUCGUCGCUCUACAAAUCAUACAUGUUACGUGUGCAAACUAGUUUAAGACGACAACCCAAGAGGUUUUGGAGCUGUGUAAAUUCCAAGAGAAAGAACUCUUCAAUUCCUGCUAAUAUCUUCUUAGAUGGUACUGAAUCAUCUGCCGAUAGGACAAAAUGUGAAUUGUUUGCCACUCAUUUCGCGUCAGUGUUUGCUGCGCAUUCCGUUGCAACGUCUGAAAUUGAUUUGGCCAUUAGGGAUGUUCCUGAUAAUCUGGUCGAUUUUGAUAUGCCACAUGUUACACCUGAUAUGGUUAUGAGAGCUACUCGCAAACUUAAAAAUGCUAAAAUGUCCAAUAUUGAAACAAACAGUGAACAGAUAAGUCCAACUAGCCCACUUACGGACAUUGUGCAGACGGACUACGAUCGCAUCACAGUGCAAAGGGAUCAUGGCGUGUCCAGAAUGACCGGUAUCAUCAACACUAUGGAAAUUUUCCAAGCUGAUAGGAUGGCACUUCAAACUCGACGUGACAUGCUUAAGGAGUGCUACAAAUCUUACGAUCAAGCGCAAAGUACGUUAGAGCAAUGGAAUCCCGACGAGAGUUUGAGUCGAGUAGAAGUGGAAAUCAACUAUAUCAAUGGCUUAACUGCAUUCGAGAGAAAAAUUGCAUCCAAGGAUUCAGAAGAUACUAACUGCAAUAUAGCUAGCAAGGAUUCUGUGAGACUUCCAACUGUUGAUCUCCCAAUAUUUUCUGGCCAUGGAGAAAACUGGCUGGAAUGGUUCGAUAAAUUCAAUGCGUUAAUUCAUCGACGAAAUUCACUAGCUGUAAUACAAAAAUUCGAGUACUUAAAACUGUCACUCCGUGGCGCAGCAUUGGGACUAAUUGACUCUUUACCUAUUACCGAGGAUAACUAUAAAAUCGCUUAUGAAAUGAUUGAACAAAGAUAUAACAACCCGAAAUUGCUAAUUCAAAAACACACACGAGAGUUAUUUGAGUUAAAAUCAUUAGAGUUCGAAUCAGCCACCGGAUUGAGAAACCUGUUUGAUGCUGCCAGAAAGCAUCUUCGGUGCCUUGAAAAUUUGAGUCAGCCAGUAUCAUCGUGGGAUGCGCUACUAAUCCACCUAAUGUCCAAUAAAUUAGAUCACGAAUCCCGCAGAAACUGGGAGACAGUUGUAUCUGGAUCCAUUCCGCCGCAAUAUAAGCAAUUGGAAAAGUUCGUGUCGGAGAGAUGUCAAGUGUUGGAUGCUAUGCCUCUCAAACGAAAAUCUACCACUGAUUCCAAUAACAAUUUACCAAAAAAGUACAAAUCAGAAGUAAAAACUUUCACUAUAACUAAACCUUUUGGAUCUCAGAGAUGUCAAGUUUGCUUCAAAUCUUCGCAUUUCAUCGGUAGUUGUAAUCAGUACAGGGCUAAAUCCUUGGAUGAGAAAAUUAAAGUGAUUAAAAGAGCCUCUUUGUGCUAUAAUUGUUUGAGACCAGGACACAAUGCAGAAUUUUGUAGGAGUAGAGGGUGCCUUAAAUGCGAUCACAAACAUCAUACGUCGAUACAUCGAGAAAAACAGUCAACAUCGAUCAAGAAUUUUCACCCAUCCAACAGAGUUGAAAAUAUAAUAGAUGGAGUGAACGAUCAUUUAAAUAACACGAUUAUUCCUACCGCAUCCAUAGUAGUAAUGACAAACAACGGUUCUGUUGUGUGUCGCGCGCUGAUUGAUUCCGGAUCCCAAUCAAAUUUUGUUACCAGCUCCUUCAUACGUCGAGCGGGAAUUAGUACAAGUCAGGCCUAUUGUCAAGUAGCAGGGUUUGGCCAACAUUCGCAAACUAUCCGAGAGAAGGCAAUUAUAUCAUUCAAAUCACGUUUGAGCAACUAUCGUAAAACGAUACCAGCAUUGGUUACAGACAAAAUCACCGGAUUUUUACCAUCAACUGAUUUGAACACAGACGGAUGGGAUAUGCUGGGUGUGAACCUUGCGGACCCCGGGUUCCAUCUCAGCAGUGCAGUUGAUAUACUGCUUGGCUCAGCUGUAAUGUUCGACAUCUUGCGCGACGGAAAUAAGGAAGUUGGCAAAUCCUUACCAUAUAUGCAAAAUACUACUUUGGGAUGGAUAAUUGGUGGAACGAUAGCACAUAUUAAUGCUAAUGUUGCUGUAACCCGAUUCAUGAACGGCAACACAAACAACGACGUGCGUGCGGAUAACUCAGAUGAACAUAGUUUAUGCGAAAAACUGUUCGUGGAAACAACAUGUCGAACCAAAGAUGGCAAAUUCAGUGUUAGGCUACCGCUAAAAUCAAAAGUAGCUCAACUCGGUGACUCCAAAAGUUUGGCUCUUGACAAAUACCUGCAAUUAGAAAAAAGAUUCGAGAAAGACUUUUUACUGAAGAACGAAUAUACACAAUUCAUGAGCGACUAUUUGAAAUUAGGUCAUAUGGAGAGAUUAGAUGAUUCAUGUAUUUUAAUGAAUGGACCUAUCUUUUAUUUUCCACAUCAUGCCGUGCUUAGACCUGAAAGCAGUACCACCAAAUUGAGAACUGUCUUUAAUGGAUCAGCGACGACAUCCAGUGGAAUGUCGUUAAACGAUGUUAUGAUGACGGGGCCAUCCUUACAACCAGAUAUUUUCAACAUCCUAGUAAGAUUUAGAUGUCAUCGGUAUGUUCUGACAGUUGAUAUAAAGAAAAUGUUUAGACAAAUCGAAGUGCAAGAAAAAGAUCGACAACUACAACUCAUACUAUGGCGUUUUUCUCCUGAAGAUAAAGUGGACACGUAUCGCCUUAAGACCGUGACAUACGGUACCUGUUCGGCCCCUUUCAUUGCAGCUCGAUGUCUUAAACAGCUGGCUAUAGACUUCGAACAUAAGUAUCCAGAAGCUUGUCGGAUUAUUCAGAAGGAUUUUUAUAUGGACGAUGCAUUGACUGGUCACAAUCAGCUGGAAAAGCUUAUCGAAAUAAAGGACCAACUCAUUGAGAUUAUGAGCAGUGCGAAAUUCGAACUUCAUAAAUGGAGAUCAAACGAACAGAGUUUAGCGGAUAACGAAAAUGAAUCGGAAAUAGGGAAAAUUUUGGGAUUGCGUUGGGACACAUUACUAGACAGGUUCAGUUUUAGCAAUGAAGUCAACGUGCAAGUUGGAAUGACUAAACGUAACAUUUUAUCUGAAAUCCAAAAAAUCUACGACCCUCUAGGAAUUUUAAGUCCCAUAAUUGUACACGGGAAACUUGUGAUGCAGAGCAUAUGGUCGAAGAAACUGCAAUGGGAUGAGCCAUUACCUGAUCAAGUUUCUCAGGAAUGGAAAUGGUUUUGCAACCAAAUAGAGGAGCUCCACAGCAUAAGUUUUCCACGGCACGUUACCAACAACGGUAGUCCAAUCGAGCUUCACGGGUUUUCCGAUGCAUCAAGCCGGGCCUACGGUGCUGUAAUAUAUACCCGAAGUAUCGUUCAUGAGAACGUCCACGUGAGCUUACUUUGCGCUAAAUCACGCAUAGCUCCAUGUGCCGAAAAGAGCGAAAACGAAGAUAGGACGAUUCCUAGACUGGAGCUUCGGGCUGCCACAUUACUGGCAGAGUUGAUGGCAAAAUACAACAUAGAACAGAACAUUCCCUCGGCUCGUGGCAUGCCGAUCGGUUUCGUGUUCACAAUCCUCCAGUACCUGAACUGA